AAAAAGUCUUGAACUCCUAUCCUCUUACUUAACUGAAACUUUGGACGCUUCUGCAUUCACUUCAAGAUUUUGAGCGAUCAGAUUUUACUUCACCGUCAUCGAAAGACACUUGCAAGGAUGGUUACCGAAACUAGACUGCCAACUUCGAGUGCUCCAAAAUAUGGAUUUGGUACGGGUGUCUUGCUCACGUCUGUUGGGUUUAUCUUAGGUACUUUGGUCAUGGCUUUACUCACUGAUCAAGGAUUACUAUACUCUAGUGGAAUUCCAACAGACGAAGCUUAUCUAAGAGCUGAACACUUUUAUUUAACACUCUGGACAAGUCCAUUAGCCUUCAAAGCACUCUUUCACGUCUUCCUUUUGAUACCGAUUUUCACUUUAUGUGUUAAAGUUGCCAAAUAUACAGAAGCUGCACUUUACUUUGAUGGUGUUUGUCUUGCUUUUUGUUUACUUAUCAUUGGACUUUAUACUGGAUCUACGAUUCCAAACAUACGAAAGAUCGCAUCAGCUCCUUCUACAACGGAAUUGGUUUCACUUGUGAAUUCUUCGGCUUCACAACUUGGAAAUGCUUUAGGAACCGAAUUCGAUCCUUCUUCGCCUAUCAGUUUCCUUAAUAGGUUUCUCGUUUUACUUAGUUAUCCUUCUACAAUUCUAAUGAAAGCAAGUAAAGUUGCCGAAGCUGCAGAAGCAUUUCAAGAAACUCUUAAAGCCGAUCCGAUCACCACUGAAAAACGUAAAGAAUUGUUAUCGGUCACAGCGGCUGGUCAUUCGAUUGCAAUCUUUUUGCUGGUCGGGAUUCUUGUAUUACAACUCGGAAAGGUUUAUGCUGAAAAUGAAGAUGCUAGAUUGAAAGCUGAAUUUGCUUUGGAAGAAGAGAAGAAGAAGACUGCUGUACCUCUUGAAAAGAAGUCUCAAUGAUGUCAACCUUGGACACGCCACUCUACUUCGUCGAAUCAGUUGCUAUCUUCACAUGUUUAGCAAUUCACAAGAUUUCAUGUACCAAGCCGAUUAAAGUAACUCGAUCGACGUGGGAGUGGGACAGUCAUAUCACGUCUGUUGGACAAUCGUCAAGUGGCACCAGUCGACCAACAGCAACACCACCAUCUUCUUGUAUUCCAUCACAAUAGGCUAUGAUAUCCGGAAGCUCACUUACCUUUCAAUAGCCAAAUUGAAGUGAUUGCAUUUCUCUUGUGAAAGAAACUCUAUCCGCAUUUAAGGUAGUCAUCCUUCUAUACAUAGUUGUAAAUAUAUACGUCAUUGCAGAUUUCAUUGGAUUUGAUUAAAGUGUAUCUC